AUGAUUGACGCAAUAAAUGUAAGCAUGAAUGUAAUCAGAACAUCGUUAAUUACAAAUUCAAUAAUCUUACAAAACUUGCAGAUUUCUUUAGGACAAGGAUUGGAAUCUGAACUGUUCGUAAACUCUAAAGAGUACUUAUUACACAUUGGGUUUGAUCGAAGCAAUAAAUGUAAGAUGAUACGAACUAGUAUAAGCAUGGGUACGAACUUACCAUCAUUAAUUCUUUCCUUCGAAAUAGAAGCUCAUCCCGAUGAAGAAUAA